UCUAAACUGGACGCGCGCUAGACGUUAAAAUUGGUGGUUUCUGUCGAAAUGAAUAAUCAUUUUCUAUAUUGGCACACCCGGUUUUAUUGCAACUGAUAAGAUAAAUAAAAAUAAACAUUUUUAAUUGGUUCUCGGUUUAGUGUGCUGUGCAAUAGAGGUUUUGCGUGCCAUUUUAUUUAAGUACUAUGGAGGCAGCAGAUAAUCCGCCAGGUCCUGCGAAGCCAGAGCAGGAGCAUAUUGAUCCUGUGGUGAAGUCAGAAAAGCAGAAUAUGGCAACUGAGAUAAUUUUCUGUUUCUUAAGGAAGGCAUCACUAUUACUCGUGGGAUACUUCAUUUGCUACUUCAAUUUCUCCUUAACCUUACCACUGCUCACCAUUUGCUCUCUCGUUUGGUUGGAAAUCAACAAGUCCAAGAAAAUAAAUAGAAUAACCUCCAAAUCCAGAGCAAGUUCUAUGACAAAGAAAGAUAUUCUAAAAGUAGUCGAUGAAUUACCAUCCUGGGUAACGUUUCCUGACAGAGAAAGGGCCGACUGGCUUAACGAAAUUAUAUUACAGCUAUGGCCCAGCAUAAACAACUGCAUCAUAAAGCAUUUCAGAGGGCACUUGCAGACAAAAAUGCGAAAAAAAUUUGAAUCGUUUAGAUUCGAAGCUGUCGAUUUUGGAGAAAUGCCUCCAAAAAUCGAUGGUGUAAAAGUUUAUAACAGGACAACGACUAAGGAUUCUAUUAUAAUAGAUUUCGACAUAUAUUAUGACGGUGAUUGUGACAUAAAUUUUUCCAUGUCUGGUGCCCAAAUCGGACGUCUCAAAGAUUUUCAGUUGGCUGCCGAGUUAAGAGUUGUAUUAAAACCGCUGACGAUUAAAAUGCCAAUUAUUGGAGGAAUUCAAUUAUUUUUUCUAAACACUCCAGACAUACAUUUUGAACUUGAAGGUAUCUCCAGUAUACCAGGUUUCAGUUACUUCAUAAGACAGAAAAUCGAACACAGAAUUACGAAAAAAAUAGUUUUUCCUAACAAAAUCACGAAGAGGUUUUUGAAGUCAGUUGAGGCUGCGGAGUUAAAGUCACAAGAACCUGAGGGUGUUUUAAGAGUGCAUGUAUUUGAAGCAAAGAACUUGGAAAGGAAAGAUGUGACAGGGAAGUCCGAUCCUUAUGUUAUUUUAAAUGUCGGAGCCCAAGAAUGCAAAACUCACGUUGUUAAGCGAGAAUUAAAUCCCAAAUGGGAUUAUUGGUGUGAGUUUAUAAUAUUGGAUCCCGUGGCCCAACACAUGCAGUUUAUGGUUUUUGACCAAGACGACCUCAACGAGGACGACUUCCUCGGAAAUGGCGUAGUUGAAAUCAACACCGUCAUAAAAGAAAAUGAAAACGACAAAUGGUUCACAUUGGACAAUGCCAAACAUGGAAAAGUCCAUAUGAGAUUCACGUGGCUUGGAUUAUCAUCAGAUUAUAGCAAGUUGGGAGCGGCUUAUCAAGAAACCAAACUAUUGAAAGUUGCAGAUAUAAGUACAGCUUUAUUAACUGUUUAUGUUGAUUGUGCUAUGAAUUUACCGACAGUUAAGGCGUUUAAGAAGCCCGAUCCUUACGUUAUUUUGACUGUGGGCCGAAACCAGCUGAAAAGUAAAGUGAAGAAACACACUACUGAUCCUGUAUGGGAGGAAGGAUUUUCGCUUCUCAUCCCCAAUCCCGAGACUAAUGCUCUCUUCAUAAGCAUUAUAGACAAGCAGACUGAUAUUAAGAUGGACCAGCUUGUCUACCACAUGAAAAAUCUUUCAGAUUUCCCAGACCUUCAACUCAGCAAAGAAGAGUUUCCUCUGUCUGUAGCUGGAAAAAUUAUUGUUUCUUUGCAGUUACGGAUUUUAACAAACGAAUUUUUUGAAGACGAUGAUAGUGACACCGAUUCUGAUGAAGAUCUUAUUAGGCAUAAUUCUUUGAGAGCUUCAACUAGUAAUAGAGUUUCGUCCUCAAGUACAAAUUCGUCAUCUAAAAGUUUCCCAGUGCAAGAAGCCAAAGAGGUUAUGGAACAAUCAGUAGUAGAACAUGUUCAGGCAUCGUCACAUACUGUCAGAAAAAGUCCCAGUUUCAGAGUGAAGCCAGACCUUGGUCAGAUGGAAUUAACACUGUUCUACAGCGAAGCAAGACAAAAACUGGUAGUUACUGUGCACAAGAUCACAAAUUUAUUACUGAAAGAUGCAAGCGACAUUCCAGAUCCUUAUGUAAAACUGAAGUUGAUAACUCCAGAGACCCACAGUAUUAAACAUAAAACUAAGGUAAUUACUGAUAACUGUGAUCCGGUUUUUGAGGAAACUUUUGAAUAUUUACUGACACAAACUGAGCUAUCAAGGUCUAAAUUAAUCCUAACUGUAAAAAGUAAAAAGAUGUUCUUCAAUUCCAACAUCAUUGGGCAGGUAAUUAUAAACUUUAGAACUUUCCACGACCUGGAGGAGCCUUACAGAGAAUGGUUUGAAUUAGCGGAAGCUCGUGAUUCUGAUUAAAUAUAUAAGUACCUAUUUUUGUUUAUAUUGUUUUACUUAUUUUCAUAUGUGUAUAUUUAUUGUAUUUUACUAAUAAAUGCUA